CUCUCUCCUAACAGUCUUAUCAGUGGUGAUGGGAGAUACCAUUGGCUACCUGGGAGAGUCUGUCACCUUAUCCUCUGGAGCCAAUCCAUCCUGGCACAUCACCAAGAUAACAUGGUCCAUAUACAACAACGACACCUGGAUCGCAACAUUCAGGAGCAGAAAUAGCAACACAGAAUGGUUUGGGAAGUUUAAGAGUCGACUGAGUCUCAACACCUCGUCUGGUGACUUGGAGAUCAGAGAUGUUCAGAGAGGGGAUGAACUGGUUUACUCUGUUCUCCUCACACACAGUCAGGGGGAGCAGCAGAUCAGUAAGGUACCGCUCACUGUGACAGAGCGUCUCGUUGAGCCUAGUGUUCAAAAGGUCUUCAGCGUUCUGAAGGACGGACACUGUGUGAUGGCUCUUCAGUGCUCCUCUUCGGUGAAGGACACCAGAUUUUCUUGGGAGCCAGAAGCUUCGUUUGACGGCUCCUUCUGGAGGGGGGGUCCCAAUGCCAACGUCUCUGUUGUCUGGGCGUCUUACAGCCCCAACAGAAAUGUCAUCUUCAUCUGUACUGCCAGCAACGGGCUCACUAACGCCUCUAAGGUUGUGAGGGAGAUAUGCCAAGAUGAACAGCCAAAGCCUGACGUGGUGGUGGAGGGGGAGAACCGCGUCCCCGGAAUCAUAAAAUUGCUCUUAGGAUUUCUGUUCGGAUGUCUUUUAACAUAUAUUUUCAGAGAGUCCCUCACAUGCUUAUCAAUCAGGUUCAACAAGAGUCGAAGCAUCAACAAGUUGUGUCCUACACUUUCGGGAGUUGAAAAAAACUCCAGCCUACCUAUAGAGAGGAGCUGAACAUCGGAGCUGUCAAACCAAAACUCCAGCCUACCUAUAGAGAGGAGUUGAACAUAGGAGCUGUCAAACCAAAACUCCAGCCUCUGUCACAUGAUCUCAGUAUAUGCAACUUUUCAGGAAAGUUAGGAACUAAUAUGCACAGGCAGUUAGAAAAGCAAAGGCUAGCUUUUUCAGACUUUUCCAUCCUGUAGCAUAAACUCCAAACAGUUCUGGGACACUGUAAAGUCCAUGGAGAAUAAGAGCACCUCCUCCCUGCUGCCCACCGCGCUGAGGCUAGGAAACACUGUCACCACCGAUAAAUCUAUGAUAAUCGAGAAUUUCAAGAAGCAUUUUUCUACGGCUGGCUCCAGGUUAUCUUUACGUCUUUGCUAGGUAAAUCCCCGCCUUAUCUCAGCUCACUGGUCACAAUAGCAGCACCCACCCAUAGCACACGCUCCAGCAGGUAUAUUUCACUGGUCACCCUCAAAGCCAACUCCUGCUUUGGCCGCCUUUCCUUCCAGUUCUCUGCUGCCAAUGACUGGAACAAAUUGCAAAAAUCCCUGAAGUUGGAGACUCAUAUCUCCCUCACAAACUUUAAGCAUCAGCUGUCAGAGCAGCUUACAGAUCAUUGCACUUGUACAUAGCCCAUCUGUAAAUAGCCCACCCAACUACCUCAUCCCCAUAUUGUUAUUUUUUCGUUGUUGCUCCUUUGUACACCAUUAUUUCUACUUGCACAUUCAUCUUCUACUCAUCUAUCACUCCAGUGUUUAAUUGCUAAAUUGUAAUUAUUUUGCCACUGUGGCCUAUAUAUUGUCUCACCUCCCUAAUCUUACUUCAUUUGCACACUAUUGUGUUAUUGACUGUACAUUUGUUUAUUCCAUGUGGAAUUCUGUGUUGUUUCUGUCGCACUGUUUUGCUUUAUCAUGGCCAGGUCUCAGUUGUAAAUGAGAACUUGUUCUCAACUGGCCUACCUGGUUAAAUAAAGGUGAAAUAAAUAAAACAUUUAUAAAAAUAAA